AUUGUGUUGUAUUGGCUUUUUCCUUUUCUUUCCUCACCUGCACUUUAAGCCCUCUGUGUGUCAUUGAGGAACCUGUUGAUCUGGAAUGACGUCCAACGUUCGUUACAUAUGGAUUUCAUGUCUGUGUCGGUAGUGGAAGAUUUUUACCACGUCUUCCAUUCAGAUGUUUAUCCCACUUACUUCCUGGCUGUGAUUUAAUCUAGCUCUAAUACUUAAAACUGAUCCAUGGAGGAUGGACGUGAUGAUUCUAACUCCACACAGAGAAAAACAGCGUUGGAGUUCAGACUGUAUAAGAGAAGAUGGUUCAUGUUGCUGGUACUUUGCCUGUUAAACUGCUCCAAUUCAGUGCUAUGGCUGACAUUUGCUCCUGUAGCAGAUCAGACAGCAGAGCAUCUGCAUGUGACUUUGGACCAGGUCAACUGGCUCUCUGUGGUCUACAUGGUGGUGGCCAUCCCGCUGAGCUUCAUCACCACAUGGAUGCUGGAUACAUGGGGACUACGGCCUACCAUGAUUCUGGGUUCGUGGCUCAACAUGGCUGGCGGUGUACUGAGGGUUGUGGGUGUUCUCAGCUAUCUGCCAGAGUAUACCCAUUUCCCAAUUGUGAUGGCAGGACAGACUCUAUGCUCUCUGGCUCAACCUCUGGUGAUCUUCUCUCCAACCAAACUAGCAGCUCUGUGGUUUCCCGAGCACCAGCGCACUACAGCUAACAUGAUUGCCUCAAUGUCAAAUCCCCUUGGACUGCUUUUUGUUAAUAUCUUCUCGCCAUUGAUCCUUAGUAGAACCAACAGUCUUUUCAUGCUGCUCCUUAUAUAUGCUAUACCUGCCUUCGUCAUCUGCUGCCUAGCAACAGUAGGCAUCCAGGAGAGUGUUCCCCCAACACCACCUUCUGCCAGUGCAGACUCCUCCAGCUCCGAACCUUUCCUACAAGGGAUUAAACUGCUACUGAAAAAUAAAGCCUACAUGAUCCUGCUGGUGUGUUUCGGCUCAGGCAUCGGCAUCUUCACCUGUUUCUCCACACUUCUCGAGCAGAUUCUCUGCGUCAAGGGCUACGCAAACGACUUUGCAGGUUUGUGUGGUGCUCUCUUCAUCGUGUUUGGGGUGCUUGGAGCUGCUAUCCUUGGCUAUAUUGUGGACAAAACAAAGCUGUUCACAGAAUGCUUAAAAAUCAGCAUGUGCCUUACAUCUCUGGCCUGCACCAUGUUUGCAGUGGUUUCUCAAUUAAGGGAUCAGAAAAUCGUAAUUGGUUUAGUUUGUGCUUUCUUUGGCUUAUUUGGAUUCGCCACCUAUCCGGUUGCCAUGGAGCUGUCAGUCGAGUGCUCUUACCCUGUUGGAGAGGCGACGUCGGCAGGGCUCGUGUUUAUUUCAGGGCAGAUCCAGUCCAUUGUGUACACAAUGCUGUUACAGGCUCUGACGACAAAAAUGACAGACUCCUCGCUGUCUGUGUGCGCUGCAGGAGAUGAUGCCAGCCUGAGCUGGAUGGUGCCUGUGCUGGUGAUGGCUGGAUUGUGCUGCUUAGCUUCCUGCUCCUUUGUCAUCUUCUUCCACACACAAUACAGAAGACUUAACGCAGAGGCCGAAGUUGCCGAAAAGCACUCAGCGGAAACAGAGACACAAAGAGUGAUGAACAACAGCACAGAUGCAUAAGAUACAGCCUCAAAGUGAAGCAUCCAGCAGCAUAAAUAGGAAAAGCCAGCAGCAGAAAACACUGCUAAGUUCCUCUGUACUGUAAAUAACCUUUACCUCUGUAACUAGUUUGCAUUGUAAGUUUAGAUGUUUCUAAACUCAGGUGGUGUUUUUUUUUAUUUUCAUUUACUGACAUAUUUAGUUACUUUCUAAAUUAUUUAAAUAUGAAGUACAUAUUUAAACAGUCAAUCAGUUACAUUUACUAAUUUGGACAUUCAUGUACAGGUACUAAAGCCUCAACAUAUCAAAAUGUACUUAAUGUAAUUAUUUCUAAUCAUGCUACUCCUUUUUUUUCUAUGUAUUACAGAACAUAGAUACGGUGUCAAAAUGGCAGACUGUGGUGAUUUUAAUCAUACGAAGUGGUAUAGAUUUAAUGUUCUUUAUUUUUGGCACAUAUUUUAUUUAUAUAAAUAUGCAUGGUAUGAAUAAAAUGUGGGAGUGUUUACAUACAUCACAGACAAGGGGUCUUAUAAGAAUGAAUGUGAAAACCACUAACUGGUUCUAUUGAGUGAAUCUGGGGCAAUUAUUUUUAUUAUUAAGUGAUGAUGCGUAUUCAUUCUUGAGAAAUGUAUUUAGAGCAUGUUACUAUACGGCACUUUAAGUUCAUUCAAAUAGUCAUUUUCCAAUUUGCUUUAAAAAGGUGAGACAGAAACACAUUAAAGUUUAAGAUACAUUAAAUAAGCAUUAUGCUUAGACCUGCCAAAGAACAUUUAGGAACAAAGGACUCCUAUUACAGAACACUGAUGUGGAGAUUUUGUGCAGUGUGAAGAAUUGUUUGAAAACUAAAUUCUGUGACUGCUGAUGCAUUUGAUCUCACCGCAUGAUGAACGUUGUGGGUGAAACAGGUUUGCACCUUCUACUCAGUGCUCAUGAUGGUGGGUGUGCGAGGUAAACACACCAACCCUCCCAAUAAAAUCAUUCCAGGGAAGAAAUUUUUAUUGUACAGAUUUGUGCAUGGCUAACAGUGCAACUAAACAUGUUAAGUUGUUUAAGUAGCUUUUAGAUGAGUUUGACCUGGGGUUGUAGUUCUUCAGCUUUUAACUAUAAAACACGUUCCAUUGUGUCUGAUAGGACAGAUGAAAAUGAAUGAAAGUUUACAAAUAUCGCACUAAUAAUUGUCUAUUAGUAAUAGAGCUAUAUAUAUAUUUUCUAAACCAUUGUAACUUUUUUCUUUGCAGAGAGAACACAAGGUUCACAACAUAACCGGUUAUAGGCUACUUGUCAGAGUUAUCUGGAUUCAACUCAUUUAAUUCAAGUGACCAAACAAACUUAACUAAUAACUAUAAAACAUAAGCAAAUAAAAACGUUGAUAAUGACGGGUUGUAAUGGAGGAAAAAACAAAACAGUGCUAUGUUUCAUGGACCUCCUCAUUUUCACUUCAUUUUCAGUUGUGCAAAUGUUUAUGUACCUUUUAUCAAAUAGUAGCCUGUGAACCGUUUACUGACCUUUGAAUCAAUAAAAGAGACGCACACUUUGUUUUCAAAAAACAAAAAGGAA